AGACGUUUGUUCGGUUCGCUGUUUGAGAUCGAGGCGUUGUCUUGUCUGUUUGUUUGUUCGAUGUUCGAAUUAAUCACCCCAACUAAGUGGUAUAAUAGGGGUUCGACAUCACAAACAUCGAACAAACCGAGUUCGACUCAUGUUUGA